AUGCCCCGCUGUUUAAUGGCGAAAAAAUGGAAGGCCUAUCCAUGGCCCGACCGAGCGGAAGAACAGCCGACCGCUGAGCAAGAAUUGGACUCGACCACCUCCGGCACAAGCAGUACACUGCACGCGGUACCAUCUUCAUCGUCCACGGUGGAACGAACCAGUAGUAGUAGUAGUAGUAGUAGCAGCAGCAGCAGCAGCAACAGCGGAAGCAACAACGAAACGACCAGCACAUCCAGCACGCCCACGACGGUUGCGCCUGAAUGUAGUCAACCGCAGGGUACGACCCAAUGCCCGGCCGAACUCGUGGAGGAGGAUGAAGAAAUAGACGUCGUGGGUGAUUCGCCGGCGGCCGCAACGGCCACCGCGGCCAGCAGCAAGUCCACCGGCAGCACGGUAGCCACCUGUUGGGGUCCAUCCUCACCGACUGCCGGUGCAACGGCGCCCAGUCCACCGCCCCACUCACCGGAAGCGGCCACGCGCGAGUCGACCAUCCUGUACAACGGCUAUGGGCAGGACAUUUCGCAUCACUUUACCGCCUACCUGCCGAAGCUCGAUCCGGAGUCGUCCAGCUAUCAACAGCAGCAGCAACAGCAGCAGCAGCAACAGUCUUCAUCCCAGCAACAGUUCAUCGCCCUCGCACCCUUGUGUGCUACGCCCUCAACCACCUCAGCAUCGCCGAGUGCGAGCAGUGCCGGAGCCGAAAGUCCACAGCGAUCCCCAUCCCAGAAGAAGUCCCUCGCCAUGUGUUUCACCAGCACCGGUACCGCGCUGUCGCUGCCCCCGAAGAAGAAAGACAUCUACCGGCCGUACUCGCUGGACGAUAGGCCUCCCCGGCCAAGCUACGAGCUGAGAAUACCGGCCGAGGAAGAUCUGCACGCCGCGCAUGCCAUCCUGGACCUGAGUGCCUCGACGGCGUUCCUACCUCCGCCGGCACCGCAUCAAAUUCUCGCCACCCAGCAGCCAGCGGCCUCGCCCACACAGCAUGCCGCCAGUCCCACGGUCGUGCUAGUGCCCGCAAAAUCUUCCACCAGCGAUCCCGACCGGCGACCGUUGCAGACGCACCAGCAUCAGCAACCGUCCCCGCAUCCACUGCAUCAGGCAACUUCCCCACUUCCCCUGCUGUCACCACCAACCGUACCGCAUGCACUGAGCUCACCGGAACAAAAUGAGAACCGCAACAGCACAAACACCCUGCCCGGGUACUCUACGCACGAUGCCAGCAUGGAUUCCUCCUCCGAUGAGAUGCAGCAGUCGACGGAAUCAUCCGACUCGGAGGGUAAGAAUGGGUCGAAAACGGUUGCCUACACGUACGAGGCGUUUUUCGUCAGUGAUGGACGAUCGAAGAAAAAGAUGGCUGACCCGAAGACGGCGCUCGAGAACAAGGCGAAGUACACGUGCACGGAGUGUGGCAAGCAGUACGCCACCUCGAGUAAUCUGUCGCGCCACAAGCAAACUCACCGAAGUCUUGACUCACAGUCGGCCAAGAAGUGUCACACCUGCGGCAAGGCGUACGUGUCCAUGCCCGCCCUGGCGAUGCACGUGCUGACGCACAAGCUGUCGCACAGCUGUGGCGUCUGCGGGAAACUGUUCUCCCGGCCCUGGUUGCUGCAGGGCCAUCUUCGGUCGCACACGGGCGAAAAGCCGUACGGCUGUGCUCACUGCGGUAAGGCGUUCGCCGACCGGUCUAACCUGCGAGCGCACAUGCAGACCCACUCGAUCGACAAGAACUACCAGUGCGGUCGAUGCCACAAAACGUUCGCGCUCAAAUCGUACCUCAACAAGCAUCUGGAGUCGGCCUGCUUUAAGGAGGAUGGUGCACCACAAUCGCCACUGAUGUCACCGAUGUCGCCCGGUUCGCUCGAUGGUUCCUCGAUGGAUGAGCUGCAUUCGACGCCACUCGCCGACCGGCGUCCACCGAUGGCGCUCAAGCGCGAACGGAACGUCGACAUCGAGGGUGACGAGUCGGACGAUGCGAUGCCCUGCCCGUCACCGAUGUCCCCGGUACCUCACCUCACCAUCAGCCCCAGCACCGGCACGAACGGUACGAGCAGUAUCUUUGUGAUGAAAAAUCUAGCCGCCAGCCGGUUGGCACUGACGGCAGGGAACGGUACGGUGGCGAAUGGUAGUACGUCCCCGGGCGCGGGGUUGGCAAAUGGGGCGGCUGCUGCAGCAGCAGCUGCCGCAGCAGCGGCAGCAGCAGCCGUUCUCGGUCCGGCCGCGAUUCUGACGACGGCGAACCACCAGCAUCAUCACCACGGCCACCAUCACCAGCAGCACCACCAGCAUCACCUUCACCAGCACGCGCAUCCGGCAUCGGCGGCAGCGGCAGCCGCUGCAGCAGCUGCGGCGGCCGCAGCAGUACAGAUAAACGUCAACUUUGCCGGGUAA